GAGGUGGUGCUGAGGUUACAGAUGCCAAUUUGUUACCAAAUUCUAUACUUAACAUCACAGUUAAAGCUCCCAAUACGAGUGUUAAAGCUCCCGAUACGGGAACAGGUGGGAUAGGUCACUUUACCAUGAGUAUUGAUGGUUUGAGAGAUAGGAUUAGAUUUCUUAAAAAUCCUAUAUGGGUUGAGGGUUGUAGUUGUAGUAAAUGCGAAAAUAUGCCUCUGUCAUACACAUCCCACUGGGCAUUUCCUGGACCAGCACCUCCAAAAGGUACUUAUUUUGAUGUUUGGAUUGCAGUAUAUUGGGAGUGUGAUG